AUGGUACCCGCACCUGGGUCACGUGCAUUCCCCUCACCCGUUUUUUUAGGUGGUGUCUUUUUUGUUUUUUUUUUUAGGUGGCGCGGCAACUAUAAAGUACAGCAAGUGAGGUUGAGGCAAUACUGGGAGUUUACACUAUGGGAGACAGCUCCUAACACCAAGCAGAAAAACGACUUUUUCGCAAAAACAUUAACAUAUAUAAAACUAGCGCUAUGGCCGCAACUAAAGAAGCAAAGCAACCAAAGGAACCAAAGAAGAGGACCACCAGGAGAAAGAAGGAUCCUAACGCCCCUAAGAGGGGCUUGUCAGCUUAUAUGUUCUUUGCUAAUGAAAACAGAGACAUUGUCCGUUCCGAGAAUCCUGACGUAA